CUUAACCCAAAGCCUCGCCCUCCAUUUCGUCAGAGGCGGGCAAAAGCAACAAGUCGCCUCCAUAGCAGGGUCGGGGGAAGAGAAGGAAGAGGAGGUUCCUCCUGACAGGAAACCACUCUUUCUUUCUUCUCACGCCGUCCUCCCUCCCGGGCAUCAGGAUUAUGCCUAAGAAAUUAGAGAGACGAUCUGGAACUGAGAGGGAACAACAUUUACCAUGCAAACAAGCCAAACUGGAAACUGCUAGCCAUGAGCUUUGGAAGUAUGACCAUCCACAGGAUGUAUUUGAGGAUUUGAUUUCACCUAUCAAGCAAGAUGAAUUUUUUAGAGAGUACUGGGAGAAAAAGCCAUUGGUACUUCAUAGAGAUGACCCUACUGUGGCAUCUUACUAUUCGUCACUGUUUCAGUUAACUGACUUGGAAGGCAUAGUCAAGCAUGGUUUAUAUUAUGGAAAGGACAUUAACGUUUGCAAGAGUAUUAAUGGGAAAAAGAAGGUUUUUAACAAAGAUGGCAAAGUCAGCUAUGCACAGCUGAAGAAGGAUUUUGAUCAGAAAAAGGCAACAAUACAAUUUCAUCAACCUCAGAGAUUUAAGAAUGAGCUCUGGAAAAUCCAGGAGAAAUUGGAAUGCUUCUUUGGCUCGUUGGUUGGAUCUAAUAUUUACAUAACUCCUCCAGGGUCCCAAGGCCUCCCUCCACACUAUGAUGAUAUUGAGGUGUUUAUCUUGCAGCUCGAAGGAGAAAAGCACUGGAGGCUAUACAAACCCACUAUACCUCUAGCUCAACAAUACAAUGCUGAGCCUGAGGACAAAAUUGGGGCUCCAACACACAACUUCAUAUUAAAGCCAGGAGACUUGUUAUAUUUUCCAAGAGGAACUAUUCAUCAAGCUGCCACACCUCCUGGUAUAGCUCAUUCUACCCAUGUGACUAUCAGCACCUAUCAGAACCACUCUUGGAGAGAUUUCUUCUUGGAUGUAGUUCCUGGGCUUAUUUUGGAUAUGGCAAAAGAAGACAUAGAGUUUCGGAAAAGCAUUCCAAGGCAAUUAUUGAUGAAGGUGGAUUUGUCUGAUUCAUCAAGGCAAUUAAGUGGCUUCCUGAGAUGCCUUGCAGACCGUCUAGAAGAAAACGGCAAGGAACUGAAGUCAUCUGAUAUGAAAAAAGAUUUUAUUAUGAACAGAUUACCUCCUUUCCUGGGGCCUACCUUUGACCCUUUGACUUCAGGUGGACCACUACCAAAGUUGAGCAGCACAGUCAGAUUACGUUUUAAAGACUAUACAGUAAUUACAGUGGAACCAGAACAAGACCAUUUGAAUAAUUCACUUAAAGAAAUGGUGUUUGUGUAUCACUGCUUAAAGAACAAGAGGGAAACCCAUAUGAUGGGAGAAGAGAAUACUGAUGAGGAAGGAAUCGUGGAGUCGUCCGGGUUACGGUUUCCCCUUUCCCAUAUGGAUGCACUGAAACAAAUUUGGAAUUCUGAUACUGUCUGUGUGGAAGAGCUGAGUCUGUCUUCAGAUGCUGAAAAAGAGACCUUGGUGAUCUCACUGUGGAGUGAAUGCCUAAUUGAAGUAAUAUGAAGGCACAAGCCAGCCAAAAUUAAGUUGUCUUCCCCAGGGAAAGAGUAAAGUAUACACUUGAAUCUGUUAAAGCAAAAUCUAGCCAAAGCAAAAAAUCUGUUGCUGCGCACAAAAAGCAAACGGUUAUCUUUGGUGUACAGAAAGACUCAUUUUUACGUAUUUCUUGUACAUAACAGUAGGCUUGCGAAAAAAGUGAAUGGAAUGGUCUGAAAUCCAUAUAUUCUAAAGAUUUGUGUAUGGGCUGACACAUAAAAAUGCAUCUAAAGAAUAUUUGCCGGAAUCCUGAUUUACCUGUUUUGUUAUGUAACUACAUAGCUGAGGGGCUAAGACACCCAUUUAUUGAGUUGGGAAGGUAUGUAAUGGUACACUGUUCCCUUAUUUGAUAUAGAUGAUGUUAUGCAGCUGAGCAAUUUUGAUUUCUGCAGAGGGAAGUCCACUUCUGAUGAUAUCCCAAAGAGGAUUGUGGCAAUAGUUUUAUUUCUUGAAAUGCACAUAGGAGGAAGCUUUGCCUCAUAUAACUGAUUAGUUAUGUUAAAAUAAGGUGGAUUUUUGUUGUCACAGCCAAGUUAUCUGCUUAAAUUGCAGAUAGCAAUAUAGUCUGUAAAACCGAAAAUCUCAGUUUUUGAUGAAAUAAUAAUUUCACUUAGGUGCUACUACAUGGUACAAUACGUAGAACUAGCCAGCAUACUGUACGUCCUUUGUACCGAUACUUACCUAGUGAUGCAAAUAAGGUGCGUUUUCUAAUCAGUGAGUGGUAAAGCCGAAAGCACAAAAAUUCAUUUUUGUUGUAUUAUGCAAGUUUUUUUUUUCUCUUGGAAAUUGCGUUAUAUAAAACCUAUAUACCCAUUUGCCGUGAGUCAGAUUUUUCCACUUUCUUUUUGUUUCAUGAUCUCACCAAUACAGAAGCUAUUUGCUAUGCUUGUUUUAUACAUUCAAGUCGUUGUGUACGUUCAAGUUGUAUGUUAUUAUGCUGUCACAUGGUUUGACAAGGGGGAAUUUACCAUUGCCCUACUCUGUGGUUGAGAGAGUGACUUUCUAUGGCUGAGCAGGGAUUUAAAGCUUUAUCUCCUUUAGAUUUUUUUGUGUAGGUUCUAUAGCUGCUCUCAGUUAUAGUGAGUGUGAAAGUGUUAUUGAGGAAUUAGAAUUUAGAAUAUAUAUAUAUAUAUAUAUAUAUAUAUAUAUAUAUAUAUAUAGAGAGAGAGAGAGAGAGAGAGAGAGAGAGAGAGAGAGAGAGAGAGAGCAGGCUAACACAUCAGUAGUAAAAGUGUGUUUUACAUAUACAUCUAUAAGUAUGUUUCACUAUUGUAUUAUGUGGAAUGGUCUGGUCUCUCUUGCAGUUGUCUCUGUUCUGAAGUUCCUGGACAUUCAUUCCACAUGUCCUAUCUCACUGUGCAGAUUACAUAUAUAAAAAGUGAUUAGUUUGAUAGUGAAAUAAAUUCAACUUUCCAUAAAUAAAAGGCAAAAUAAUUUUAAUUCAGUUCUACUGAGAAGUAUUGUGUGAAUAUGCUAUGCAUAAGAUCACUUCUGAUAACAUGUGAUAAUGGGUUUUGAAUCUUCAUGACCUACUUUUUAAAAGAUAUGUUUAAAAUGGUUUGCAUUCUGUAAUAGCACUCAUGCAAUGAACUGGACAAAAGAAAAUUCUUCCUUCCAGCAUAGUAUAUAAUUCAUUAACCUUUACAAUAGGACCAGGCAACUAUUGGAGCCUAGGUGGCUGAUUAGACCCCCAGGAGACUGGGGACAGCUGCAUUCACUUUCCUGCUUCUGAAAAAUAUUUUAUGCCCCCAAAUUUUCUCUAGGAAACAUGAGGACAUUUUCAUCAUGCUUUGAGACUUCCUAGACCCAUGGAAGGUAUUUUGAAUCAUUUUGAGAUCAUCAUUAUUUGGAAGGUUUUUUUGGCAAAGAUUUGACUUCUAGGGGUUCCAAGAGAACUUCCAAACCUUUUAGAAGUCAUUUGGGGCCAUUUUGGAACAAAAAUAAUUGUUGAGCCUUGAUGGGCUGCAAAGAUUGGAGAGCUGCAUGUCGCUUCAGAGUGCAUUUUGCCCAUUCCUGCUUUAGGAAUGCAAUGCCGUCCCAAUUCUGUUAACAGUUUCUCACUUGGAAACUAUUUCCAUAAGUCCAUUAAAACCCUGUUUGCCCCUCCCCAAUGCAGGGUAACCGUGUUUAUGAGCACCAAUACUUUUAGAUUGUAUAUGAAGCUACUACUAUAAGCAGUUACUAUGUUAAGGCCAGUUAAAUACAGACUUACUUUGGUUCAAAUAGGCAUAACUUCUACUUGUGGGGGAUUGCCAGAAGCUAGGAGAUAGUCAACAUGUUGCAGGCGCAGUGUAGGAAUAUAAGCGUUGGACAGUAAGUCUAGAAACCAGGCUUCCAAUCCCAAGUUUAAAUCCCUGCUCAGCCAUGGAAACCUAACUUGAUGAUCUUGGGCAGCCUAAGAUGAAGGCAAAGUUUUUCUGAACAAAUCUUGCCAAGAAUACCCCAUGUUAGGUUCACCCUUAGUGCUGCAUAAGUCAGAAACAACUUAAAGGUGCAUAACACCAACAGCUUUGAUGUGAGCAAAUGGGAAAGAUGUGCCUAACCUUGAGAGGAGUCAUUGUUAUCUAGCAAUACAUGGUUUUUGGCAGAAACAAACAGACUGGUGGUUAAGUCUUCUGGUAGGAAUGUGCAACUUGUGGGCUGAGGGUCUGACCACAGUGCCAUUCAUCAUUGAGGCUAAUGGCAGUUGCCUCUCAGCACCACAUGGAAUACUACAAGUUGCCUAUUCUGGCAAUCCUUCGGUUGUGGAGCAUACUUUAAUCCAAAAUAAAUCCCACUGUGUUUAAUUGGCCUUAACACUAUAGCAACUGUGUUUACAGUUGUAGCUUUACAGUGCAACCUGAAGCACAUGUGUGUAUGUGCCUUCAUGCUACCUGGCAACUCCAUGGAUUUUUCUAUGGGUUUCUUAUGCGAAGAAUAUUCAGAGGUGCUUUUGUCAGUUUCUUCCUCUGAAUUAUAGCCCGUGGCACUUGGAACCCAGAUGUAAUUUCCACUGAAUUCAGCAGAGCCUACUCUCAGGAUCUUUUCCCCAGAGCAGAAACACUGAAUUGCACUAUUUAUUACAUAAUGGUGAUACACCAGCUGAUCAUCUUUUUUGUAGUUGACUGAAUUUUACAUAACUCUGAAAGCAGAGUUAUAUUAAAUGUAUGCAAGCGCCUGUUAACAUACAAAAAGUGACAAAGAGAUAGCAUACAGAAAAUGUUUAUUAAAUAAGUGCUUCUGAUGAAAAUGCAUUUAGGGAUUCUAGUUACAUAAUAUAAAUGCAAAAAGUAAAUACAUGGUUUAUUUUACAAUUUAAAGUGCUAUUAAGGUGCAAUCCACUGAACUUCCAUGAACAUUUGGAUUUAUUUCAGGAUCUGGACACUACAUAGCUGCUUUUAUUGAUGGGUCUUAUUGCAGCAGCCAGGGAGCCCAGGUUGAUCUUGUUCUGUUCUGCCCAAAUGAGCAGCUGUUGACCAGAUGGUUGUCCUGUGUGCCUCUGUGUCUCCCAAAAUCCAUGGAAAGAUGGGAGUUUGCUAUUCUGUGGUCGCUGGUAUAAUGUAGCUGAGUUGUGGAUCAAGCCCUUAGGUAGAUUUUCUUGAAUAUAUUAAUAAAGCCAUAUCUGUACAAAAAUAGAGGUUUACAAGUUUUCAAUGUUUUAAUUGUGAGAAUCUGUGCAGCUGUGUGGUUUCUUUAAAAAAAGUUAAGAAAUUGAGCCCCAUAUCUUUUGGUUUUAGCUAAACAGUCUUGCUUUCCUUUUAUUCCAAAAAUACACUUGAGAUUUACUGAAACCACACCUUUUGUAAUACUGAACACCCAUGUGCUGAGCCAAAUAGAGGUUCUCUAUGACCCCACAUUUAAAUUUGUAUGUCUGCCUGUUUGGAGAACCACCUGUGCAAACAACUCCUGAGCAUUUAAUUCUUUCGAUUGUUGUGUACAUGAAGUCUUUUAAGAAUGAUUAAAUAUUACAUACAUUUCAA